AUGAAAGCCAAGCUCAGAAGACAAGCGGCAGAAAAGUGUGAGGAGGAGGAGGUCAGAGUGUGUGUAGAGGAGGAGGAGGAGGUCAGAGUGUGUGUAGAGGAGGAGGAGGUCAGAGUGUGUGUAGAGGAGGAGGAGGUCAGAGUGUGUGUGGAGGAGGAGGAGGUCAGAGUGUGUGUGGAGGAGGAGGAGGUCAGAGUGUGUGUAGAGGAGAAGGAGGUCAGAGUGUGUGUAGAGGAGGAGGUCAGAGUGUGUGUAGAGGAGGAGGAGGUCAGAGUGUGUGUAGAGGAGGAGGUCAGAGUGUGUGUAGAGGAGGAGGUCAGAGUGUGUGUAGAGGAGGAGGAGGUCAGAGUGUGUGUAGAGGAGGAGGUCAGAGUGUGUGUAGAGGAGGAGAGGAAGAGGAGGAGGUCAGAGUGUGAGGAGGAGGAGGAGGUCAGAGUGUGUGUAGAGGAGGAGGAGGUCAGAGUGUGUGUAGAGGAGGAGGAGGUCAGAGUGUGUGUAGAGGAGGAGGAGAGAUGUGACCACAGAGGUCGUCUCGGAGCCCUGACAGUUCUUUCACCCCUCUGCCUCGACUCCACGCUGAGCACCCAAAGGACACCCCCAAAGAGCACCCACAGGACGCAGGAGCUCACUUCAUCUUCAGCUUAA